UCAUUAAGUGGCGACUGAAACUGGUGGAAGUUGUGAGGAGCUCGAAAAGUGAGGUUUGUGGAUUAUUCUGGGGAUUUGGCGUGGUGUUGAUGGUUAACCAUGCCUCUCCCAGCAGCUCUUCAAGCUCGGCUGGCGAAGCGAGGGAUUCUACAGCAAGUGCAACCAGAACCAGAAGAGGAAAUUAUAGCAGAAGAUUAUGAUGAGGACCAUGUCGACUAUGAGGCGACUAGAGCUGAGAACCUUCCACCUAACUGGUACAAAGUGAUGGAUCCCGGCUGUGGUCUCCCUUAUUAUUGGAAUGUGGAAACCGAUUUAGUGUCUUGGCUGUCCCCAAAUGACCCUGCAGCACAGAUCACAAAACCAGCUAAGAAGUCAAAAGUUGUGGAAGUUGAAGAGAAACCUGAGAGGAAACAGGACAAAGCUGAGCGUGAUGAAAGAGAGAGACGUUUUUCUCAUUCCCGAAGAGAAGAGAUUGCACCCUACUCCAAAGGAAAGAAAGGAAGAGACCGAAAAUCUGAGGAGGUAGAUCCUAUGGACCCAAGCUCAUAUUCAGAUGCUCCUCGUGGCACAUGGUCCACAGGUUUGCCAAAGAGAAAUGAGGCAAAAACGGGAGCAGACACAACAGCAGCAGGUCCACUGUUUCAACAGAGGCCAUACCCAAGUCCUGGAGCAGUCCUUCGUGCCAACGCUGAAGCAAUGAAAGCAAAACAGCAGGAAUAACAUGUUGUUAUAUAAACAAUCUCUCUGUUUUAUGAACAUGAAACUGUAAUAAAAUAGGCUUUUAUGAAAGGAGAGAUAGAGAAGCCACAAAGAAGUUUACAGUUAUGUACUCGUGCCCUGGAAGUUUUUGGGGUUUUGUUAAUGAACUCUGAGCUCUGUUUUUUCCUGCACUGUGUGCAUUUUUAUGUUUUUGUGUAUGUAUUUUUCAGUGAAUUAUACAUUUAAAGUUU